AUGGCGUCAAAUAACCCUAGUCAACCAGAGCUCGCGACUGAAGCAAGAGAAGAAGGAGAAGUCUCUUCUUCAUCCAACGACGACCAAUAUACUGUUUGCUCUGCUACUUUGUCUGCUGCUGCUGUUAACCCUACUGCUUCCUCAAGGACCAUUCUGGUUCCUCCAAUGAACAAAUUCACUUUAGCCAAUUGGGUUGGUAAGGCCAAUUGUAGCAUUAAUUCUGCAAGAUCUGCUGAUCCCAAUCUCCGAACUUCACAACAACCAAAUAAUAACAAGAGCUUUGAGAAGAACAGAGUGCCACACAUAUCUGCUAAUCCUGGAAAGUGUGCAUCUUCAGGGGCUGACGAUAGCCUAGUGAUAAGAUUUUUUUCAGAUGAUGAAAGUGGCAGUGAAUCUGAAGAUGGAGAAGACAAGGCUUUAAAAACCAAACCCAACAUGACUGUGGUUAAUGGAAAUGGAAGGCUGCCCUCCGUUUCAGCAGCAAAAUCAAGCAUGUCGCAGCAGACUAAAAGAAAUGCAAAGAGUAUUCCCAAGAAAUCAUCAAUGAGUCGCACAUUUAACUCAUCAAUGACAAAGAUAAAUGGAGUUGCUAAUUCCAGGGGAGUUAGCUCUUCAUCUGUCGGGCAAGGUUCUCAAGUAAAGAACUUUAAUUCCAUAAAAAGAAAUCUAGCAAGCCAAGAGCAUGGUCUCGAGCAAGGUGGGGAUUUGAACAGCACUAAAGUUCGGGACUUGAGGCAGCAGAUUGCACUUCGGGAAAGGGAACUUAAGCUUAAAGCAGCUGCACAAAAUAAGGAAUCUGCUUCAGUUUCCAGCAAGGAUUACAAGUCUAUGAACAUUUCCAGUGGUGCAGCCAGGAAAUCUAAUGCAGCUUUCUAUGAAGUUGGGCAAUUAGCACCAGAAGAACCGGACAGGAAACGCUUAAAAGUUGACGGAUCUUAUUCUAAACAGUUAAAUUCAGAUGGCCAACAAAAAAUGCUUGUAGCAACAUCUGAUUUGCCAUCAAAGGAAAAUGCACUGGAGAGCAGUAGUUUUCAGGAUAAAAGCAUGGGUGAUUGUAGCCAGAAAGAAAGGCCGUCGAAAAGAACAGACUCUAAUGUAGUUAAAUGGGAAAGGCCAGACUUUAGGCGGGUGGAUAUUUCAUCAGCAAAGCUACCUGCUUCUAACGUCAAUCAUUAUUCCAGCCAGUCUGACAUGAGCAGAAUGCAGGUGGAUCCUUCUGUUGUAUUGAACCAGACCCCACCAGGGUCUAAUGCAAAUACUAGUACUUUGCUGAAGAAGAGAAAGAGUGUUGACUCAACUGAUAUUACUGUGACCAGAAGAGUGUUGACUCAACUGAUAUUACGUGACUUUCAGAGUGUUGACUCAAAUCCAGCAAAGAAUUGUGGAAUCCAGCCACCAGCAUGUUUGUUAAAGACAUCAACUAGUGGGCAGAAUUUAAUAAACAGCUGUGAGCAUCUGCAAGGCAUAUCUGGCGAUAAGCCUUCUUGUCAAGCAUCUCCGAAUUUAAACCCUUGGAAUUGUUCAGGAACUGUAAAUGUGGUAGAACAUAACAGCAUAGAUAUGCAGUUGUUAGUUGAAAUGGAGGAAUCCAUAGACAAGGAGCUGGAUGAAGCUCAAGAGCAUAGGCACAAAUGUGAAAUUGAAGAAAGAAAUGCUCUUAAAGCUUAUCAAAAAGCACAGAGGGCUUUGAUUGAGGCUAAUUCUAGAUGUACAGAACUUUAUCGCAAGAGGGAACUGCACUCAGCUCAUUUGCGGUCUCUCAUUGUGAAUGAUUCCAAUUUGUUUUUGCCCUCCCAGCGGCAUGAACAUCUUGGAACUGGGGUGGACUGUGGAAACGGUGUAUCUAGAAAUGUGGAAUUAAUACCCUCGUCAAGUGAGCAGAUGCAGCUUGAGUAUGAUGGUUUUAACCAGCCCAGGUAUGAUUCAGUGACCGGUGCUCCCACAAAUUCACUUUAUCGGCAUGCGAAUGGCCAUAGUUUGGGAUCUGAGCCAUGCAGUGAACCGGAUGCUAGUACAUCAGAGCCAUUGCCCCGCAACAGCCUGAUUGCUGCAAAUGGAGUAAGCUUUCAAUCCAAUGAUUCUAAUAUUUCAGCAGACGAAGAUGAAGAAACAUUUCCAUUGGACCAUGAGACUGAUCAACCUAGCUUCAAACUUCAGCAAAGAGAUCAAAAUUCUGUGGGAAGAGAAAACCACACAGAUUAUCAUCCCCAUGUUGAUGGCCCACAGGAUUCUUUGAUUCUUGAAGCAAAAUUAAGAUCGAAACUAUUUGCGAGGCUGCCAAUAAGAACCUUUUCAAAGAAUGGCGGUUUGUCUGCUGUGGAGCCUGCAGAAGAACCAGGGACUGAAGUUGACAAUAGAAGUGAAAGAACCCAGGGAAGCAAUGGCAGCAUGCGAUUGUCAGAGACAGAGAAAGAUCGAGAUUAUGACCUUGAAGGGAAUGAUAAGCCUGAAAGAACGAUGUCUGAGCUUCCUGUCCAGAUUCAGAGCCAUGAAAAGAAUUCUUUGAAUUCUCAUUCUGCUGUUGAUUCCGAGGACAAUUCCACAGGAGGUUGUCAGUUGUCAACUUCGGUCAUAUCUUCACCUCCUUUAGUAUUGAGGAGUGCAUUUGCUCAAAUGAAAGUUAUGCUCCCAAUGACUUCAAUAGAAUCACAGCAUACAAAAAGUCAACAAAAUGAUACCUGUGCUGGUUUCAAUGGAGAGGGUGGUUGCAUGGACUCUGAGGACAUCCAAUAUGACCUUGUGAUAGCAAACUCAAAGGAGGAGAGUCUUGGGGAUGUAUGUGGAACUGAAAUUGGCACUUUUACCCACAAUGUUGCGGUUGACCCAUUCUGGCCACUCUGCAUGUAUGAGCUUCGAGGAAAAUGCAACAAUGAUGAAUGUCCUUGGCAACAUGUUCGGGACUUCUCUGAUCACAAUGCGCAUCAAAAUCAGCAUGAUGAUUCUGAUGGUGCUGAUUGUCAGGUUGGAUUACUGUUGCAUCAACAAAAAAGUAAUGGUGGAGCAAAACUUUCAAAGUGUCACGGUGCUUUGAUUUCACCAACUUAUCUUGUUGGCUUGGAUAUCUUAAAAUCUGAUUCAUAUAAAUCUGUCAUUGCAUGGAAAAAUGGGCAAUGCUGGCAAAAACAGUUCAGUCUUUUCUUAGCUCUAUCAAGUUUGCUUAAAAGAGAUUUGCUUGCUGAUCAGCCUUCUUUCCGUGCUGAUGAUGGUCGUAUUGAGGUCCAUGGGAGUUGGAAUAGACAGACAUCAUACUUUCAGAGUAGAAAGAACAUAGUGAAUCGUCUCAAUCAAGCAUUACCCAGCAGUGUGCAGUCCCUUGAAAUGGCUCUUCUUAUUCUCAGUCAGGAGGUUUACAAACUGGAGGGUAUGAAAAAGUCGCUCUCUGUGCUGUCACGAGCUAUUGAGACUGAUCCAACAGCUGAAGUUCUGUGGAUGAUGUAUCUGCUCAUUUACUACAGCAACAUUGAGUCAGUUGGGAAUGAUGACAUGUUCUCCUAUGCGGUUAAAAACAACGACAGAUCUUAUGGACUUUGGCUCAUUUACAUCAACAGUCGUAUACAUCUUGAUGAUCGACUGGUUGCAUAUAAUGCUGCCCUCUCAGCACUUUGCCGCCAUGCAUCUUCUUUUGAUAGGGACAAUACGUAUGCUAGUGCAUGCAUAUUAGAUCUGUUUUUACAGACGAUGGAUUGUUUGUGCAUGUCUGGGAAUGUUGGCAAAGCCAUUCAGAAAAUCCAAGGACUCUUUCCUGUGGCUGUUAAUUCAGAUGAGCCUCACUCUCUGUUGCUCUCUGAUAUCCUCAUGUGCUUAACGAUUUCUGACAAAUAUAUAUUCUGGGUUUGUUGUGUGUACUUAGUUAUUUACAGGAAGUUACCUGAUGCUAUUGUACAGCGGUUUGAAUGUGAGAAAGAACUCGUUGCAGUUGAAUGGCCUUCUGUUCAUUUACAAAAUGAAGAGAAGCAGAGGGCUGUUAAGCUAGUUCAGAUGGCAGUGGAUUCUGUUAAUGUGUGUGUCAAUAGUGAAUCAUUUGAAAGUGACACAAAUGUUAGACUGGCUCAACAAUUUGCUCUUAGCCAUAUUAGGUGUAUGCUAGUUCUUGAUGGCUUAGCUUGCUGUCAGAAUUUGUUGGGCAAGUAUAUGAAGUUGUACCCAUCCUGCGUAGAACUUGUUCUUGUGUCAACAAGGCUUCAAACAAAUGGCUUGGGCGGUGUGAGUUUUGAAGGGUUCGAGGGAGCUAUUAGUAAUUGGCCAAAAGAAGUCCCUGGAAUUCAUUGUAUCUGGAAUCAGUAUAUUGAGUGUGCCCUCCAAAAUGAAGGUCCUAAUUUUGCAAAAGAACUGACAGUCCGCUGGUUUAACUCUGUUUCAAAAGUUCGAUGUCCUCCGAAUGAAAUUUUGGAUGCAGUGGAUAGUAAUAGCUCACAUGAAUUGUUGCAAUUGACUUCAGCAUCAAAUCCAGACUUUCUGACAUCCAAUUCUAAUCAGAUGGAUAUGAUGUUUGGAUUAAUUAAUCUCUCUCUUGCUAAGCUAUUGCACAAUGACCUCACUGAAGCCCGCGUUGCCAUUGACAGGGCACUGAAGGUUGCUCCUCUACAGUCCGUCAAACAUUGCUUGAGAGAGCAUGCUGUGUUCUUCCUUAACUAUGUGCCACAAUUAAAGAAGGAUGCUCCUGUCAGUGAGCAAUUGAAAAUUUUGAAUGGUUAUUUGAAUGAUGUCCAGGCUCUCCCAGUUUAUGAACCAUUAUCUAGACGAUUCAUUGACAACAUAGAGAAGCCAAAAGUUCGGCAGCUAAUCAGUAACAUAUUGAGUCCGGUUUCAUCUGACUUCUCUCUGGUGAAUUUUGUUCUUGAAGUGUGGUAUGGUCCCUCUCUUUUACCCCCAAAUUCAAACGAACCAAAGGAAUUGGUGGAUUUUGUUGAAGCCAUCUUAGAUAUGGUGCCUUCCAACUACCCAUUAGCAUUUUCUGUUGGUAAGCUCUUGUGCAGAGGCUACAGUUCAAUUAAUGUUACUUCUGAUAGUGUUCUGUACUGGGCGUGCUCAAUCUUGGUCAACGCAAUCUUUCAUGCUAUUCCAAUGCCUCCAGAAUAUGUAUGGGUUGAAGCUGCAGGUAUUUUGGGUGAUAUUUCCGGUAUAGAGUUCAUUUCGGAUAGGUUUUACAAGAAAGCUUUAACUGCACAUCCAUUCUCUGCGAAGUUGUGGAGUUGCUAUUAUAAUCUAUCAAAGACUAGAGGAGACGCAGGAACUGUUGCCCGAAAAGCAAGAGAGAGGGGUAUUGAAGUUGGUUGA